AUGGCUGGAGCAAGCGGCGGUGCUCUCGCUGCUCAGGUGACUUUGGCCGGAGGCUUCGGGUUUCUCGCCGCAGGGUAUGGCUCAGCCGAUAAACUGCGUGCAGAGUUCGAGAUCGCUCGUAAUCUCAUCCAGCCCAAUGAAAAAGGGAUUCUGCCCGUUGGGGUCGGAUUCCUAGGUUGGCUCCUCGACAAGAACGAGGAGCUCGCCAAAGAACAGAUCUCUGUAGCGCUCGAGUACGGCGUCCAAGCCAUUUGGCUGUCCUUUGGGGAUAGGCUAGACUACUGGGUGGACUACAUCCGGAAGCUCAAUGAGUCCAAGUGCGGCCAUAAAGUCCUGUUCUUCGUGCAAAUAACUUCUGCCAAGGAAGCAGAGAUGGCAGUAAAUGUGCUCAAAGCCGACAUUAUCGUCGCUCAAGGUUUGUCCUUUCCAUUUUUCAUGAUCGACCCCCUGAUCUUCUUGACUGACAUUGGAAUCUUAGGAACCGAAGCAGGUGGACACGGCUCCGCUAAUGGUCUUUCUCUAUUGGCACUAGUACCGUCAGUUCUGUCUGUCGUGCCACCCGAUGGUCCGCCUGUUCUGGCUGCGGGAGGACUGGUGACAGGUGCUCAUUUGGCAGCACUGUUGGCAUUGGGAGCUUCCGGAAUUGUCAUCGGUACUCGUUUCCUCCUUUGCCCCGAAAGUCUGUACACGGAUUCCCAGCGCAAUGCCCUCCUUUCCGCCGAUUCUACCCAAUCUGUCCGAACAAUGGCGUUCGAUGAGGCACGCGAGACCUUGGGAUGGCCCAAAGGAAUCGACGGAAGAGGCCUGCACAAUGCAACGGUGGAAGACUACAAUCGCGGGGAAGAUGUCCAAAUCCUGAGAAAGAAAUAUCAGGAGGCCCAAGAAAAGGGUGAUAUUUCCCGAAUCGUAGUGUGGGCUGGUGCUUCAGUCGGCCUGAUGAACAAGAUCCAACCAGCAAAGGAAGUGGUGACGGAGAUUCACGAAGAGUGCCAAAAGCGUCUUAACGUGGUCGCAUCCCUCGGUCUCUAA